UGAUGAUCCACACUUAUAGCAAGGGUUUAGGCCUACACACGCUCUGCACGCUCUGAUCCUCUCUUAGUGUUCAGAUCAUUUUUUUAUUAUUAUUAUUUUUAAUUUAUUAUAUUUAAGUGAUUAAGUUAUUUUCAAAAAUAUGUGAGAUUAAUUUAUUGUGACAGGAUAAAAUUGAAUUUUUUUCCAUACCCUGCGUAAAAAUCUCACCAGCGAGAUGGGGCAGGUUGUAUCAACUUAAUUUGGACUUUUUCAACGUCGCUACGCGGCAAAAAUGCUUGAAGAACUUCAAUCUACACAAAGUGAAACACGUCUGAGUCGUUCCAAGAAGAUAAAUAAGAUGCAUCGGCCACCUGUUAAUAUAACCAGAACGAGGGUCCUUGAGACGCAGGGGGAAGACUGUGAGAACAGCAUCAAAAGGAAAAGAAGCUCGGCCGGCUCGGACAAACUCGGCAAAAAGGUGAAAACGGAGGAGAACAGCAUGACGGACGCUACCAGGCCGAAAAGGUCCAAUUUCUCAGCGCUGACACCCAACCCCAACGGCGUGAACCGAUCAGCAUCCAUUGUCACCCUCAAACCGGGCACUGCCAAGAAAUUGGUCAUCAAAAACCUCAAAGACAAGCCCAGGCUUCCAGAAAACUACCAGGAGGUCACUUGGGAGAAACUCUCCGAGGCUGUGAUUGCUAUUCAAACUUCCAAGUCUAUUCAAUACAGUUUAGAAGACUUAUACCAGGCCGUACAAAAUAUGUGCAACCAUAACAUGGCGUCAGCAACGUAUGCGAAUCUAACAGAUUUAACUGAAAAACACGUUCAAGCAAAUAUAGAGGAAUUUACUGGCAAUUCGAUGGAUAGAUUAGUCUUUCUUAAAAAAAUGAACGAGUGCUGGGAAUCGCACUGUAGGCAGAUGAUCAUGAUCAGGAGUAUAUUUUUAUACCUCGAUCGCACUUACGUACUACAGCGCUCCACUGUAAAUUCUAUUUGGGAUAUGGGAUUGGAAUUGUUUAGGCACCACAUUGCGAUGAACAAUUUAGUACAGACAAGGAUAGUCGACGGUUUACUCAUGCUUAUAGAGAAGGAAAGACAAGGUGAUACUGUUGAUAGAACACUGCUCAAAUCUCUAUUAAGAAUGCUUUCAGAUCUACAGAUCUAUCGCGACGCUUUCGAAAAUAAGUUUAUUCUAGCAACUGAAAGGCUAUACGGAGCAGAAGGCCAGAAGUUAAUUUUAGAGCAGGAGGUACCAGAAUAUCUCCACCAUGUAGAUAAAAGAUUAGAGGAAGAAUACGAGAGGCUUCUGCACUACUUAGACCCUUCGACUAAAUGGUCACUAAUUCACACCGUAGAAAAAACGUUGCUGAGUGAGCACUUGACGACGAUACUGCACAAAGGUCUCGAUUCACUCCUUGAAGAAAACCGAGUCAAAGACCUCACCCUUUUAUACAAUCUUUUCAAUCGUGUUAAAAAAGGACUUUCAGAACUUUGUACUAUGUUUAAUGCGUAUAUUAAGAAAAAGGGUAAAACGAUUGUGAUUGAUCCUGAAAAAGAUAAGACUAUGGUGCAAGAGUUACUCGAUUUCAAAGAUAAAAUGGAUAAUAUUGUCAAUGUUUGUUUUAAGAAAAAUGACAAAUUUAACAAUAGUUUAAAAGAAGCAUUCGAACACUUCAUUAAUCAACGAACCAACAAGCCUGCCGAACUCAUAGCAAAAUUUGUUGAUGGCAAGUUAAGAGCCGGGAACAAAGAGGCGACGGAGGAGGAACUUGAAAGGCUUUUAGAUAAAAUAAUGGUCCUUUUUAGGUUUAUUCAUGGUAAAGAUGUCUUUGAGGCUUUUUAUAAAAAGGACUUGGCUAAAAGGUUGCUGGUCGGCAAGUCGGCUAGUGUAGAUGCUGAAAAGAGUAUGCUAUCAAAACUAAAGCAAGAGUGUGGUGGAGGUUUUACUUCAAAGCUUGAAGGCAUGUUCAAAGAUAUGGAAUUAAGUAAAGACAUCAAUGUCGCCUUCAAACAGUACAUGAGCAACGUGAAGAAUGCGUCGCAGAUGGAGCUGACGGUGAGCAUCUUAACAAUGGGCUAUUGGCCAACUUACCCUGUAAUGGAUGUUUCCCUCCCGUCCGAGAUGGUGCACUUUCAAAACCAUUUUACAAGAUUUUACCUUGGAAAGCACAACGGAAGAAAGCUCCAGUGGCAACCGACUCUCGGCCAUUGUGUACUCAAGGCUGAGUUUCCCCAGGGGAAAAAAGAGCUGCAAGUUUCACUGUUCCAAGGCUUAGUUCUACUUCUUUUUAAUGAGUGCAAUGAAAUGUCUCUAGAAGAUAUCAAAACGGCUACAAGCAUAGAGGAUGGAGAAUUGCGAAGGACCCUCCAAUCGCUUGCUUGUGGCAAAGCAAGAGUUUUAACAAAAACACCGAGAGGGAGAGAUGUAGAAAAUGGUGAUAAGUUUAAUUUCAAUGCUGACUUUACCAACAAACUCUUCAGGAUAAAAAUAAACCAAAUUCAAAUGAAAGAAACUAAUGAAGAGCAAAAGGCGACGGAGGAGAGAGUUUUCCAGGACAGGCAGUAUCAGAUUGAUGCGGCUAUUGUGAGAAUCAUGAAGAUGAGGAAAACUCUCAGUCACAACUUGUUAAUAAGCGAACUCUACAACCAACUUAAGUUUCCUGUUAAGCCUGCAGAUCUCAAGAAGAGAAUCGAGUCACUCAUAGACCGAGACUACAUGGAGAGGGAUAAAGACAACCCCAAUCAAUACAAUUACAUGGCGUAGUGUGCCAUCUUAAAUAAAUAUUUGAGAAUAAAUCUCAUUUUGUACAGUUCUCUUAUAAUAUAUAUAAUAUAUAUAAAUAAUAUAUUCAUUUUAACAUUUA